AGCACAUUGUCGACUGGUCUGGUCCCGAACUGCACGGUUGAACAACGGCGCCUCUAAUCCCGGAUAACGACGUGACGAUUCGACGCCUCAAUCUUGUUUGUUUACCGACUCUUUUCCUGGACCACGCCAUCAACUUCAACCUUCCAUCUCCAUCUCCACCUGACAUCCAUUCCAACCUUCAAAAUGGCUGCUCCUCCUAUCCCCUUCAACCGCCUCAAGCAGAUUGCCACUGAUGCCUGCACCAACGCCAUCGGCAGCGCCGAGUUCUACGACCAUGCGAAGACUGAGCAGUGGAACUCGACCAUUAUCAGCUCCGUGCUGAAGGCUGUCAUCUCCGAGUCGACCCCCCAGGGCGCCGCUUCCCCCUCCUUCAAGUUCGCUUGCAACAGCACCAUCGUCCAGCACCUCGUCCCCACAUCCGCCUUGAACAAGGCCCGCGGAGGUACCGAGACCCAGUCUGAGGAGCCUCACGUUUCCACCAGCUCCGAGGCCACCGCCACCGACGGCAAGCCCCACGUCGGCCGACGAGGAAUGCACAGCGCGACUGGUGCGUACUGGGACGAGAAGAAGGACGGCAUGUGGACCUACAAGUUCGACGGCGGCGAGGGCAAGGGCCUCGACGUGGUUGUCAUGCUCAUCUGGGUUGCCAUUUAACCGAAUGGCUAAAAAUCUGGCGUCAGAACAGACUUGUUCUGCUCUGACCCAGAGCAUUCCUUCAAGGCAUUGAUAGUUCCAGUUCACCUAUGGCGUUUAAGGAACCUGGGAAGCGUGGUAUUGAGAAUGUGAAGGAAAUGAACGAGCUUCAGGUCACGCUAUCUGCCGACCUUGGUGUUUUUGCAAGCCUUGGAUGUACAUA